CGUGUCCUAAAGAGCUUGCGCAGAGGUUGCACUCCCAUCCCAUGCAUGCAUUAUGAAAGACGAAGACGUUUGACUGAUCCGACUCCAAACUCGCCGGAAAAAAGAAGAACAUCAGCACUGCACUGAUCGGAUUUCAAAUCGAGGACCAUGAGUCAGGGACAGCAGCAGCGGAGGUCACCACAACAGGAGCCGAUCAAGUACGGCGAUGUGUUCGACAUCCAGGGGGAGCUGGCCGACAAGCCGGUUGCGCCCAGGGACGCCGCCAUGAUGCAGACCGCCGAGAACGUCCUCCUCGGCCAGGUCCAGAGGGGCGGCGCCGCUGCCAUGAUGCAGUCUGCCGCCACGAGGAACGAGCAGGCCGGGGCGGUUGGACAUGGGACUAUGAACGAGGAGGCGGCGCGCCACGGGGUCACCGUAACCAAGGAGGACUUCACCGGCCAUCGCGUGAUCACCGAGUCCGUCGGUGGACAGGUGGUGGGCCAGUACAGGCAGCCAGCUCCACUGGUGGCUGGAGGAGCUCCGGCAGCCGGGGAUCAGAAGGGGAGAGGCGGCAGUGGUGACGGAGCUGAGGAUCCCAUAACCAUCGGGGAAGCCCUGGAGGCCACGACAUUGACAUUGGGGCACAAGCCCGUGGAGAGGAGCGAUGCCGCGGCGAUACAGGCAGCAGAGGUGAGAGCCACCGGAAGAACCACCAUCAUCCCUGGAGGAGUAGCAGCAGCCGCUCAGUCAGCAGCCAUCCUCAACGCAAGGGUCGCCCGCGAUGAGGACAAGACGAAACUUGCCGAUGUGUUAGCGGAUGCAAGCUCGAAGCUGCCUUCGGACAAGCCUGCGACCCGUCAGGAUGCAGAGGGGGUGACGGGGGCUGAGAUGAGGAACGACCCAUACCUGACCACCCAUCCCGCUGGAGUGGCCGCCUCCGUAGCCGCUGCCGCUCGGCUUAACGAGACUGAUCAGCAGGACAAGUGAAGGGCAUUUCCCUUUUCGGGUUCUAGAGUUCCUCCUCUACGUAGAGUUUUCAGUUACUAGCAGGGACAGCAUGCCCCCAUCCAUGUCAUGUGACCAUAUCUAUGCACGGUCCGAAGGUUAAGACAUUGUUAGAAAAUAAGGAUAAUGUCACUAAGGUCAAUAGUUGGUAAGAAAUGAGUAUAAUGUCAUGUUAUAUAGACUGUGUAUGACAUGCUCAAGUCGAUCAAUUUGCAGUACUAACACUAUUUCA